AUGCUCGCCCGACGAGCUGGGCUCAACGGAACGCGACCAUUCCAAAGAGCUGUUGCAUCUACCCUCAACAUCUCCAGGGCGCCAGUGCAAUCCACUGGAUAUGCAUAUAGAUUCCUUUCCCAGAAAGCUGGCUCUUCGUCCUUGCUUAAGAGACCGCAAUUAUCGCACCUGAGCCGCUGGCGCUGGCGGACUUGUCCGGUCUCAUUCUCGCAAAUACGCAUCAUCACCACCCACCCUCUACCGCAAUCUAAGUCACGCGUUCUACGGUGGAUAUACAGAAGUCUUGCAUACUUGGGCUUCUUUGUCCUUUUCUCUGGUGGAUGUGUGGUCGCCUUCUUUGUCUACGACUACAACACCUACAACGAGAAUCCGUUCGAGGAAGAGCUGAAGAUCUCUGAGCUUGCCCUAUCACCCCGCCGUGGUGGACCCAAGAACCUCCCAAUCGCAGAACACUUGCUCGAUGACGAUGAUGACGAGAAGAAGAAAGAGAAGAAGCACAAGCCCAAGCUGGUUGUCUUGGGCACUGGUUGGGGCAGUGUCGCACUGUUGAAGCAGAUAAACCCGGACGACUAUCAUAUCGUUGUGGUCAGCCCGUCGAACUACUUCUUGUUUACGCCCAUGCUGCCCAGUGCCACGGUCGGGACAUUGGAGCUGAGGAGCUUGGUUGAGCCGAUCAGAAGGAUCGUGGGAGCAGUAAAGGGACAUUUCAUGAAAGCAUCUGCGGAAGACGUGCUCUUCUCGGAGAAAUUGGUGGAAUGCUCUGCCGUUGGUCCAAAUGGUGAAAAGCAACACUUUUACCUACCGUACGACAAGCUCAUCAUUGGAGUUGGUAAUGCUGGCCUGUUGAUGCGGACUUGGAUUAAGCUGAACAUUUUAGGAUCUGUGACCAACCCUCAUGGCGUCAAAGGCCUGGAGAACUGCCAUUUCCUGAAGGAUAUUACCGAUGCCCGACUAAUAAGAAACACCGUCGUUCGGAAUCUGGAGCUGGCAUCUCUUCCAACAACUUCAGACCAAGAGCGACGGAGAUUGCUCUCGUUCGUGGUCUGCGGAGGAGGUCCAACUGGUGUCGAAUUCGCAGCCGAGCUAUUCGACAUGCUUAACGAGGACUUAUGCCGUUAUUACCCCAAGAUCCUCCGAUCUGAAAUCUCAGUACACCUAAUACAAAGUCGAGGGCAUAUCCUGAACACCUAUGAUGAAGCGCUAUCGAAAUAUGCAGAAGACCGAUUUGCACACGACCAAGUCGAUGUGCUCACCAAUUCACGAGUAGCGGAAGUUCAGGCCGAUAAGAUCCUGUUCACUCAAAAGGACGAGAACAACCAAGUCAUCACCAAGGAGAUUCCAAUGGGAUUCUGCCUUUGGUCGACUGGAGUUUCACAAACCGAGUUUUGCCAGAAGCUCGCUAAGAAGCUUGACGGGCAAAACAACCGGCACGCUCUUGAAACCGAUACCCACCUCCGCCUGAUCGGUGCACCACUCGGUGACGUCUACGCCGUCGGCGACUGUUCCACCGUACAGAACAACAUAUCCGACCAUAUAGUCACCUUCCUACGCACGCUCGCCUGGGAAAAGGGCCAGGACCCGGAGCGCAUGCAGAUCAGCUUCUCCGACUGGCGCAAGGUCGCCCAGCGCGUCAAGGCACGCUUCCCCCAAGCCAGCGACCACCUCCGCCGCCUCGACAAGCUCUUCCAGCAGUACGACAAGGACCAAUCCGGCACCCUCGACUUUGGCGAGCUCCGCGAACUCCUCGCCCAGAUCGACAGCAAACUCACCAGCCUCCCCGCCACCGCCCAGCGCGCCCACCAGCAGGGCCAGUACCUCGCCCGCAAACUCACCCGCAUGGCCCAGAUGGCGCCCGGCAUGAAGCUGAACGAGGUCAGCUACGGCGAUCUCGACGAGGCCGUCUACAAGGCGUUUGAGUACAAGCACAUGGGCAGUCUGGCGUAUGUCGGGAAUGCGGCGGUGUUUGACUUUGGCGGCAUCAGCUUCUCGGGCGGGCUGUUGGCCGUGUAUCUCUGGCGGAGUGUGUAUUUUGCGCAGAGCGUGAGCUUGCGGACGAGGAUGCUGCUGGCGAUGGAUUGGAGUAAGCGGGCGAUGUUUGGGCGCGAUUUGAUGAAUUUUUAG